AUGGCGUCCCUUCAGUGCUCCCCGGUCUAUAAAACCUUCAUCAGACAGUUGUCUACCCAGCACAGAACCUUCCGCAACAUCACCGCCGUCCACACCCCUGUCCUCCACAAGUCCUUCUCCUCAUCCUCCCGCAUCAUGACCGCAGAAAAGAUUCUCAAUGGCAGAAACAUGAACUCCCAGGUCCGCAAGGCCGAAUACGCCGUCCGUGGUGAACUCGCCAUCCGCUCAGAGACACUCAAGACUUCGGCUCAGCACUUUGUUGACAAAUGGCUUGUUCUUAACCCCGGAUCUGGAAACCCGUCUGAUCUGGAGGAGGAGCUCGCCAAGGGUGCUAAGCUUCCCUUCAAGCGUGUCGUCGGCUGCAACAUUGGAAACCCUCAGGCUUUGGAUCAGAAGCCCAUUACCUUCUUCCGCCAGGUUGCUUCUCUUGUUGAAUACCCAGAGCUCCUCAAGGAUGAGAACGCUGAAGCUGCUGCCAAGUUCUACCCCAGCGAUGCCAUUGCCCGCGCAAAGUUGUUGCUCAAGAACAUUGGCUCUGUUGGUGCCUACUCCCACUCUCAAGGAAUCCCUCACAUCCGCGAGAGCGUCGCCAAGUUCAUUUCCGAGCGUGACGGAUACCCAGCCGAUCCUUCCAAGAUCUUUUUGACCCAGGGAGCCUCUGCCGGUGUCCAGCUUACCCUCGAGAUGAUUAUUUCGCACAACAAGGUCGGCGUCAUGAUCCCCAUUCCCCAGUACCCUCUUUACACCGCCACCCUGGCUGUUCUUGAUGCCAACCCCGUGCCAUACUAUCUGGACGAGUCCAAGCAGUGGGGUCUCACCAGCAAAGAGCUUCAGCGUGCAUACGACGAGUCGGAAAAGAUGGGCAUUGAGACUCGCGCUUUGGUCAUCAUCAACCCCGGUAACCCUACUGGACAGUGCUUGGCUGAGGACAACAUGAAGGAGAUUAUCGAGUUCUGCAGCAAGAACAAGGUCAUCCUCUUGGCCGAUGAGGUUUACCAGACCAACAUCUACCGCCCCGAGGACCGCCCCUUCCACUCGUUCAAGAAGGUGUUGAAGUCGAUGGGCCCCAAGUACGAGGGCUUUGAGAUGAUUUCGUACCACUCGAUCUCCAAGGGCAUGAUUGGCGAGUGCGGUCGUCGUGGCGGUUACUUUGAGUGCGAGGGCUUGGAUGCUGAGGUCAUGGAGCAGAUCUACAAGAUUUCGUCCAUCAGCUUGUGCCCUAACGUCCAGGGUCAGAUCAUGGUUGACUUGAUGGUCAGCCCUCCCAAGAAGGGCGACCCCUCUUACCCUCUUUACAAGAAGGAGUACGACGCCAUCUACAACUCUUUGAUUGAGCGUGCCGCGAUCCUCGAGAAGACUUUCAACAGCCUUGAGGGAUGCACUUGCAACAGCGCUGACGGUGCCAUGUACCUCUUCCCCCAGAUCCGCCUGCCCAAGAAAGCUAUUGAGGCCGCCAAGGCCGUUGGCAAGGAGCCCGACCACUUUUACUGCAUGGCUAUGCUCGAGUCGACUGGUGUGUGCAUGGUUGCAGGAUCUGGAUUCGGUCAAGUUGAGGGCACUGCUCACUUCCGCAGCACGUUCUUGCCCCAACCCGAGUUGUUUGACGACUUCUGCUCGGGAAUUAAGAACUUCCACGCCGACUUUAUGAACAAGUACCGCGAAUAG